AUGUCAUUACGGCAUUUAUCUCCACGUAAUAACCUCUAUCAACCGAGUAGUAUUUCAUCUGAAAGGGAUUAUAAUUACCAUAUAAAACAUUCAAAUAAUUAUAUAAAUACAUUUGAUAAAUCAUAUCAUAAAUCUUCAUCAAUAAAAUAUAAUUCCUAUUUAUCAUAUAAUAAAUUAUUAUUAGAUAAUUCAAAAUUUAUUGAUUCAAAAAAUCAAUUGUUUACAAAACAUCGAUCAGCAUUGAUUGAUAAUAAUAUUAAUAACUAUUCCACAUGUUCAAUUCCCUCUAAAUUACGUUCAAUUUAUAAUUAUAGUAAUAAUACAUUCAUCAGUAAUGUGAUCAAUAAGAAGAGUAAUGAUAAUAAUAAUAACAAUAACAGCAAAAAUAGUAGUAGUAGUAAUAAUAAUAUUAGUAAAGAUCAACAUGGGUUAUUGGAUAAAAAAUCUUAUAAUCAUUGUCAUUCACCGAUAGUACAUGCACGCAAUACUAUUCGUAAUGAUGGUUUUAGCUUUUUAAAACAUUUACACAAAUCUAAAAGACAUGCAAAUAUACGUAGUUACAAUAAUGUCGGUAACAAUAAUAAUAAUGAUACGUUAAUCAAUAAUUCGUAUGAUGAUGUGUUGAGUUUGAGUAGAUUUGAUGGAAAUAAUAUUUCUAUGAAAUCGGACACAUUAUCACUCAAUAAAUAUAGUUUAUCAACGUAUAGACCAGAGGAUUCCAUUGUAAAAUAUUCCUGGUAUGAGAAUCGGUCUUUAGUGAAUCAUCAGAAACCACAAUCACAAUCACAAUCGCAAUCGCAGUUAUUAUUGGUGGAUAAAUCGAAUUCGUUGAAAUCAAAUGAUAAUAACAAGCAUACUACUAAUAUAAGUAGUAGUAGCAGUGGUAAUAAUAAUAUUCAGCUGUUAGAUAAAUUACCCCGAUAUAACCAUCAACAACAUCAAAAUCAACGUUAUCAAAGUGAUUCAAGUAGUGAAAAUCCUACAGAGAUAAUCAAUAUCAUCCCGACAACAUCUGGGAUCAGUUCAACUGAGAACGGUACUUCUACUACAUCGACGACAACAACAACAACUAGUAGCACUUCAAUUCAAGUCAAUCAUCGUAACAGUUAUGCUCCACGAGUUGUUCCACCGUUGAUUGGUAUCAAUGAAAUACAGACAACAACAAAUGAGAAUGAUUCAAAUAGUACCACCACUUAUUGUAUAAUCAAUAAUACAAGUGAACUUUUAGAUGAUAAUAACAAUAAUAAUAAUAAUCCACGUUAUCUAAGUCAUAGUUAUCGUAACCAAUGCUCAAAGAAUAAUCUACUUACCCAGGACAUUGUCAGUGAUCACAAUGUGGAUCACAAUAACGCAUUCAAUGACGACAACAACAACAACGAUGACGACACCGAUGAUACCGAUGAGGAUAUUUACAGUGAUCACCUUCAUAUCGAUUGGAAUGACUCAAUGCAAUCGAAAAUUUGGUUACCUAAAGUAGCUAUGAAUUCGAAUCGUUUAAAACUUGAUGAAGUUAUGUCUACUAAUUGGAAUUUAUUAACAACUAAAAAUUGGAAAUCAGAACAAGAGAUAAAAAAGAAGAUGAAUCGCCAUAUUACUAUUAAUAAUAAUAAUAAUAACGAUAAUAGCAAUAAUAAUAUUAAAAAUAAAGGUGUAUCUUGGUUCCGUGAACGAUCUUCAAAUAUUAAACCGUUAAAUCAUAUAACUAGACGACAAUCUGAUAGACAACAUGAAAUGAAACAGUCAAAGGGGAUAAAAAUCAAUUCUCUAAUGAGUCAUGCUUCAGUCCUUCAUAAUCAGCAUUCAUCAGCAUCAAAUCGUAAAUCGCAAUAUGAUCCAGUUUCGGAACCAGCUGACAUUUUCAGUCUACCAAUAGUUAAAGUAAAAUAUGCAAAUGAUGAUAGUCUAGCGACAUCAAUGACCAAUUCAAAUUAUAAUAAUAAAUUAACAAACAAAUAUAAAGUGAAUAAAUCAUCCUUACAAUUUGCUUAUAUUAAUACAACAGAUGAUGAAGCUAGCAAAAGGACGAAAGUCAAAACACGUCAUAUUAAUAAUGAUUCUAAUCGGAAUACUACUACUACUAAUAAUAAUAACAAUAAUAAUAAGAACAAUAAUGAUAGGAAGAAAGAUACUAAUCCAGUCUCAACAGACAGUGAUACAUCAGUUCUUGGUUAUGUCGACUUGACAACGGCUACAACAACUACAACAACAACAGCAACAACCACAGUAAAUAAUAAGGUACUGUCAAAAGAAUUUGAAAAUACUGUAAAAAUGGAUAAACCGCCAACUGUUACUUUAUCAACAAGGGGGUCUAGUCAAAAUCUACCAAAUCAUACAACACUUUUAGAUGGUCCUUCAUCAGCACGUCAACGUCAUCACCAAUCACAACAACAACAACAACAACAACUGCCACCACCACCACUACCACAGAAACAACAACAACAACACACUCGUGUAAAUGGUGGUGACGAUGCUCACGCUAAGAGUUCUGAUCAUGAAAAUAAACCAAGUGAACUAACACCAAAUAGAACUUUACUCAACUUGGCAUCAGGGAAUCAAAAUGAAAAAUCAAAAGAAAAAUCGAUUCUAAUUGAACAACAAAAAAUUAAUCAGUUGGAAUGUAGAAAAAUGUCCACCUUACCAGAUGAUAAUGAUAAUGAAAAUGAUGAUCGUGAUAUAGACGGUUUAAAAUCUAAUGGAAAAAUGACGAUACCAAUGACUCCGCAUACUGCAUUAAAUAUUUACGGAAAGAAGUUGACAUCCUUUGAAAGGGAUGAAAUAUUAAAUUUCUCAAAAAUUUGGUAUCUCGGUUUAUCUGCUCAAAAAAUUGAAGGUAUUAUUGGAUCACCAAGUAAUCAUGGAUAUGAUGAUGAAACUGGGGGAUAUUUAAAAAUAACCCAUGAUCAUAUCGCUUAUCGAUUUCAAGCAUUAGAAACACUGGGAAAAGGUUCUUUUGGUCGUGUAAUACGUGCCAUUGAUCAUAAAUCUGGAUUUCCUGUGGCUAUAAAAAUUAUACGAAAUAAGAAAAGAUUUCAUCAGCAAGCUCAAGUUGAAGUAGCCAUAUUGGAGAAUCUGAGAAAAGCUGACCAUAGGAAUAUACACAAUAUUAUACAUAUUAGAGAGCAUUUCAUUUUUCGUAACCAUUUAUGUAUUGUAUUCGAUUUAUUAGGUUCAAAUUUAUAUGACCUUUUGAGAAAAAAUGAUUUUCGUGGUUUUACAAUACAUUCAUUGAAAAAAAUCACUGUGAAAUUACUCACUUGUUUGUGUUUAUUACGUAAACAAGGCAUUAUUCAUUGUGAUUUGAAACCAGAAAAUAUUCUUAUUGGUUUGAAUAAUCCCUCUGAAUUGAAAGUUAUUGAUUUCGGUUCAAGUUGUUUCUUACACCAGAAAACUUACACGUAUAUUCAAUCACGUUUCUACAGAGCACCAGAAAUUAUUUUAGGCAUACCUUAUGAUUUACCAAUUGAUAUGUGGAGUUUAGGCUGUAUUCUACCUGAAUUGUAUACAGGUCGUCCAUUGUUUCCUGGAGAAAAUGAGAAUGAACAGUUAGCCUGUAUAAUGGAAGUACUUGGCGUACCUCCUGAAUCACUCCUUGAAAAGGCUAGUAGGCGAAGAGUAUUUUUCGAUUCGAAACGUUCCCCAAGACAUUUAGUCAACAGUCGAGGUCGUAGACGUAUUCCUGGUAGUCAAACACUUGAAGAUCUAGUCAAAACAGUCGAUUCAAAAUUUUUAAAUCUACUAAGUCAAUGUUUAACAUGGGAUCCUGAAGAAAGAAUUACACCCAAUGAAGCGCUGUCACAUGAAUGGAUUUCACGUGAAAAUGAACAAAAUAAACAGGCAACUACAUUUCAGUCAUUGGAACAGAGUAAUUCUGAGACAAUACAAAAGGAUACUAUUGGUUAAUUAGGAAAUUUGUAUUUUCCCUUCACAACUCUCUGCUCCUAUCAAACCAUCUCCCAAGAAAGGAAUACCCAAAACCCUGAACAAAGAAAUACAAGUAACACUACUGUCUCCCACAAGUAAUGCGUAUCAUUCCAUGCAGUCAGUGAAGGAAAGUUCAAGCAAAACUGUGAUAUAUACCCUUAUUACACACACACACACAUUUAUUUAUUUUCACCAGAUUAGAAAGCAACACCAACGAAGUGAAAAACUCUUUGAACUAUUGUAAACAACAAUUUGAGAUAAGAUUUAGCAAAACUUCAUACACACACACACAUCCACACACACAUGUCCACACAUACAAACAUGCAUACAUAUAUAUACACAAAUAUA